AGAACAGGUUGUACAUAUGCUUAUUAGUUUUGUUUGUUGACAACUAGAAUAGCCGGCAUUUUCAGAAUCUUCACACGUUGAAAGUGAAGUAAAAAAGUGUAAUAGUCAGUCGUAUGAUCGUUGUAUUCUAUAAUUAGAAUUGCUGUACUGGUACACUUGAUUUGCAGAGUAUGAUAUCAAUUCUGUUGUCAGUUAAUAAGAAAAUAUUUAAAUACUAUUAAUUUUUCUGGCUCUGUUUUGCAGUCACGGCUAGCAAUAUUGCUAGUAUUUCACAUCUUCUACUAUUUAAGAAUUAGGAAAUAACUUGCCAAAACAUCUGACACCUAGUUACGUUAUCAGGAAACGAUGACGGAGAUUUCUUGUGCGGAAAAAGAGAAAUACGCAAAGCAGUUAAAGAGAAGAAUGGAAUGCUGGCGAGAAAUCAUACUUCCAUUACACUCAGUUUUAUUUUGGGAACGACCAUGGUAUCCUGGUCUUAUUGUUGGAUUAGUGACUUUAUUUUUUUCUUUAAUAUGGAUUCUGGAACCAGCGAUGCUUACAAUGCUUGCCAUUAGUUUACUUAUAGCAGCACUCAUUGACUAUCUUGUACCUGUAGUAUCGUCAACAUUUUUUUCUGCGAACAGUUGGACUGGAAAAAAGGAACGCAAACUCGACGAUAUUUGCCAGAGGUUAUCUGUCACUAUAUUCCGAUUGCAAAAUGCUUGGAACAUUCUUUGGAAUACACGCAAUAACCGUCCAAAUUUUUACUAUGGUUCACUGUCGAUCUUUCUACUGCUUCUGGCUUGGAUCGGAAACGCAGUUAAUAAUCUGCUAUUGAUCUACGUGAUAGCGAUAUUUCUACUGCUGACUCCUGGAUUGAGGUAUAAACAUCGAGGACAAUCAGCAAUCAAGUCAAUCUACAAUCAAGUACUUCAUCGAAAGACAUCUUAAUUUUCAUUAUCACAUGUAGUUACUGUAACAGUUACUUAGUACCUUAAAUCCGUUACAUGUUAAGCUACUUAAUCGGAUGAUAAUAAAUGUAACACUUUCUUUAUAAUCAACACGUAUUGUGCUCUUGUCACUUGUGCCACCGUCGAUUAUCGUAGGCAUUAUCUAAUAUUGUUUUUGUAAGUUGAAUCAACAUGAAAUAGGAUGUACCUCAAAACCGU